GUGAAUCCAGACCAUCCAUACUAUUAUCGGACGGUGGGGAGAAGCUCGAGCAGUUUCACAGAUUGUGGUGCGAGCCAGAGGAUACGAGUUCCAACAAAUCUGGCUGGAGCCUGGAGCCCUGGAGAGCCCAUGAGGACUCUCUGACGAAGCUCUCUGAAGAAUCUGGGCCCUCAUUCCAAGCCCAUCGCCGCCGCCGCCGGCGACUAUGCCCGCGGAGAUCCCGUCCUCCUCCACCGCCGCCGCCGUCGCCCAUUCCCGGCGACCCAUCCGCCGCCUCUCUUAUGUUACGGUCUCUUCCUCUGCUACUCCUUCAAUCCGCUCUCUCCUCCAAGCCGACCCCAUCUAGGCUCCUCUCUUCCGCCGCCGCCGCCACCACCGGCUCCGGUGCACGACUCGUCAGGGCACAUGGAACCGUCUCCGCCGUGCUGGAGAUCGUCGGCCCCAUCGAGCUCCUCUUCCCGUCCUCCGAGGCGCGCCUCUACGUGCGCCUCCUGCGGCGCUGCGCGCUCGACGCGCUCGCUGCCGGCGCCGGCGCCGUCCACGGGCACGUCCUCAAGCGCGGCUUCGCCCCCGACACGCUCGUGUCCAACGUCCUGCUGGACACCUACGCCAAGGGCGGCUCCUUGGCGGCCUGCCACAACCUGUUCGACGAAAUGCCGCACAGGGACGUCGUGUCCUGGUGCACCAUCAUCGCCGCGCACACCAGACGAGGCCUCUGGGUCGAGGCCAUUGGCCUGUUCAAGGGUCUUUUAUCGUCUGAGGUGAAGGCGAACCGGUUUGUCAUCUCGUCGGUGCUGAAAACAUGCGCCAGGUCCGGUGUCAUGGAGCUGGGGCUCAUGGUACAUGGAUUAGUGAUAAAAUCUGGCUUGGGUGUUGAUAGGUUUGUGGAAGUUGGAUUCGUCGACAUGUAUGCCAAGUGUGGCAAUGUGGGCUAUUCUCUUAGGAUCUUCAAUGAAAUUCCAUUGAAGAGGUCAGUUGCUUGGAAUGCAAUGAUUUCAGGUUUUGUUGAGAAUGACUGUAUUGUGGAGGCUGCUGAGAUCUGCAGGGAUAUGCAUCGAGUUGGCAUUGCAAUGGAUGUGGUGACGUUGAGGGUAGUUGCUGGUGUGGCUGCUACCCUAGGAAUGUUUGAGCUUUGUAGGAACAUUCAUGGUUAUGCACUUAAAGUUGGGUUGGGAAGAGAUUGUUUUGUUCUGUCUGAGCUGGUCAAGUCAGCCGGGAAGGUAGGUGAUACUCAGUACAUUGGUGAGCUUGUUUCUGCAGUUAGAACGCGUGACCAGUCUUUAUAUUCUUUGGCUAUAUCAGGCUAUCAUUCAAACGGUUGUCAGAAUGAAGCAGUGAAACUUGCAGGACAUCUUUUUUGUUCGGGCCUAUGUUUAAGGGAAGGAGAUUUGGUCACCGUACUAGAUGUCUGUCAUACCAAAGAGGAAGUUCUACAAGUACAUGCUUAUGCAUUGAAAUCUGGAGGCGUCUUUUAUGUAAAUGUAUGUAAUGCUCUUAUAUCAGUAUACUCUGAACUGGGAUUGGUGAUGGAUGCCGAAGCAAUCUUCAAAAGCAUGUACUCACGAGAUGUUGUGUCAUGGGCUGCAGUCAUGGCAGGCUGUGUCAAGAACCUCCAAUUUGAAAAAGCAUUUGGUUAUUUCAGAGGCUUAAGAAACUCUGGAGCAUCAUUGGAUCAGCACUGCAUUGGUACUAUCAUUAAUAUAUGUACAGGACUUCAAGACAUGGAUAAAGGACAGCAAAUUCAUGCUCUAGCUCUUAAAGUUGGCCUAUUGGUUGUUGACUUCAUCAGUGCAUCCCUAGUGAACAUGUAUGCAAAAUGUCAUCACAUUGAGUGUGCUGCUGAGUUGUUUUCCUACACACUUCUUCCACGAAAUCUAGUUGUAACUAAUGCCAUGCUCUCUGGGUUUUGCUGGAAUUUCCUGCCAGAGAAAGCUCUUCUGCUCUUUUGCAGUGAAUAUCAAUCUGGCCUGCGUCCUGAUCAUUUCACUUGCUCAACUGUUCUUGGUGCUUGUGCUGAUAUAGGAGCAAAGGAUUCUGGUGAACAGAUUCACGGAUAUCUUAUAAAGAUUGGUUCUGAAUACAUGGAUGUCAUUGUUGGAAAUGCUAUCAUAGACCUUUAUGUUAAGUGUGGAUGCAUUGCUAGUGCUUGUAGAUUUUUCCAUAGCAUGAGAAGCUGGAGCAUGAAUUCAUAUGCAAUGUUAAUGUUGGGUUAUAUUCAGAACAGAUGCAGUGAUGAAGCUCUUCAACUUUUCUCCAAAAUGCAGCACAGUGGUCUGCGUGCAAACCGUGUUACCUUUGCAAGAAUUUUACGGGGAUGUGCUGACCUAUGUGCUAUUGAUUUGGGAAGACAACUGCAUGCUUCGAUUAUAAAGAUGGGUUUGAUUUCUGAUGUAUACGUUGCAAAUGCACUUCUAGGAAUGUAUAAAAAAUCUGACAGUAUGAUGGAAUCAAAAAGAGACUCGAGAGAAAUUUUGGCAGAUGGUUCAGAACAGGAUACUAAAGAUAACUGCUAUUCAGAACAAAGGGACACGAGUAGCAAUCUUCAAGAAAUUGGACUGUUUACCUUGGAAGAAGGGAAAGAUCAUGAAAUUUCUGGUCGUGCGUAUGGAACUCCACUUCCCAUCCAUGAGGUUGGACAGGAACUUUGGAUCAACACUAUCAUAGGGAAUAUGAGGAAUGACAAGUGCAGUGAAAGCAAGGUUUUGCUAGAUACAGGUUAUCAGAGAAACAGAGGUGGAUCUCUUAAGCUGUUUAACUUGUUACAGGCGAACAAUACUGGAUCUGACCAAUUUGUCCUAGUUGUCUUCAUUGAUAAUACUUUAAAGAUAAAGGAUACAGGGUUUGUUAUUGCAGAAUUAAUGAGAAGAUCUAGUGUUGCACCAGCACUUGGCUUUCCUCCUUGACAACCUAUUGUGCAGUACAAAAGCUAUAUAUGGCCCUGUUAUUCCUCACGCAGCAAAGCUGAAUCAUCAUGCUGACUUGUCGGGAAGGCAUGCAAGGAAAACAAACUCUGAGUUGCGUUCUGAGUUCAUGCAUAAUUGACUCCUCAGAUCCACAUUAUGUAUGAACAUCACAUCAUGCACUCCCUAGGACCAUGAAAACUCAAUAUCUCUUUGUGUUCCCAUGAGAGAAGUUUACACCACGUUUAAGCAGACCAAAUGCUGCUUUGAAAUUCUUUAAUGUCUGGGUGAUUUAGUUGCAUGGAAGGAUCGAUCAACAACGUGAACCAGGGGACACCAAGUCUUUUCAAGCACUUCUGAGAGAGGAGGAUUAGGUCAGAAAAAUCAGCUGGAGCUUUGACCAUUGUUGGCCUGCAAGAAGUUAGCCACAGGCAAGCAGUGAUAUCCAGUGUAACACCACUCUUGUUUUGUUCUUUGUAUGUCUGAAGCAAUCACUGUCGAGACAUUUCUUCCCUUAUAUCGUCUUAACCGUCGCGCACCUUAAUUUUUGGUUGGUGCUAUAUGGAAUAUAGUAGUUACUGACUUGAGGCCAUUAGUUGUCCCGUCUGUAUAGAGCAUGCGCUGGAUGUGCAGUGACAGUGGUAUGUUGUACCAUAUUUGACAUGCCAGACUCAUUUUCUUGUACUUCCAGAAGAAAUAUUUGAGAAACUGAUUUGAGUAACGAUGCCAGGAAUGUCUCAUUCACCAAUCUUGCUAGCACACAUGCUUGUGUGGCUGAAAGGAAAGCAGUUCCAUGAGGAGGACAUGCUGGCCCUGCUCCAGGCUGAAAAAAUGGUUGAUUGGUUGCAUCACUUCGAUCAUUGGAUCAGGUUAUGAAGUUGGAAGAUCUGGGUUGGUACAAGUUUGCGACACCAAACUUCCAUAAUAAUCGUAUCCACAGGUGCCACAAAGUGAACUUUGAAGUUGUGAAUUUAUCAUGGCUUAACCAAAAAGGCUGACUACACAUCUGGCGAAGUCUAGGGUUUCUUAGGAAAGGCUGCCGCGUGAUUGUUCUAUCCAAUCUUAUACGGGAGCAACAAGUUUCCCUACCAUGUAUACGGUUUUGAUUCGAUUAAUUCUUUUGCUGCUCCCAUCAAUUUUUUGGCAUGUAACUGAACCAAUUUUGAUUCGAUUAAUUCUUUUACAGUACAUGUUUUCAUCGAAA